AUGGCCCCGACCAUGCUGAAGAAGCAGCGGUCGCUCCACGAGUACUUCAUGAAGCCCAAGCGCAAGGCCGUCGUCCUCGAUGAGACCGACCGAGACGCGGCCGACGACGUCGUCGAGCGCCGAACCGCGCUGGAGACGACCCUGAACUUUGACGACGCCGACGACGACGACGACGAGGGCGACGAGCCGCAGCCCAAGCGCAUCGACUUCAACGCGCUCUUGAGUCAGACGCAAAAGUCCGAGCCAGACCACGAGCAGACGCCAGAGCUCGAGCCGCCGGCGUACCACCCGUGGAGCCAGGACUUUGGCACGGCGCCGUGCUUCUCAAGCAUGUACAGCCAAGACGCCUUUUGCGACUUUUCGACGCCGCAGGACCAACCUGUGCUGCACAUGUCCCAUCCGCGGUCGCCGUCGCCGGUCAAGAAGCGUCCACGCACAGUGCCACGCCUCACAGUGAUGCCCUUCAACGAGAGCCCGAUUGCGCCGCCGCGUGCCAAGAUUGACGCAGAAGGCACACCAAAGGCACCUCCGCGCCCGACGACGACGCCAAUGAAGCAAAAGCCGAUUGCGAUCCCACGCCCUGUCGCGUCGAUUCCCGAAGAAAUCGCGUCCGUGCCCGAAAUCAACACCAACCCGUUCGCGGCCGCUGUCGACGACCGACGACGGCCCAAGAAGCGCAGUCUACCUCCACCUCUGUGGCUUGGCACGACCAACUCAUCGACGUCCAAGUACUUGCUCGAGUUCGUCGAGCAAGAGGUCCUUGGAUCCGGCUCGUUCUCUAAAGUGUUCAAGUGCAUCAAGCGUUUUGACGGGUGGGUGUACGCGAUCAAGAAGAGCAAGCGCCACUUUCGUGGCAAUUCGGACAAACAGCGCGCCCUGCGCGAAGUCCACGCACUCGCGGCGCUCAGCGCGAGCCCGCACAUUGUGCAGUACUUUGACGCGUGGAUCGAGGACGACCUUUUGUACAUCCAACUCGAGUACUGCCACGGCUGCUCGCUGCAAUCCUUCCUCGCCGAGAGCAAGCCGGUCGCCGAGGUCACGCUGCGCAAGCUGCUCGCACACAUGGCCAAAGCACUGCGUGACAUGCACGCGCUCAAGCUCGUGCACAUGGACAUCAAGGUCGACAACAUGCUUCGCGCCCCCAACGGCGUCUACAAGCUCGGAGACCUUGGGACCGUCGUGCCCAUGGACGGCGCCAUGGAGAUCAUGGAGGGCGACUACCGGUACCUCUCGCGGGAGCUCCUCGAAGGGAAUCGAUCGCAUUUGAGCGCCGGUGACAUUUUCGCGCUUGGCGCGUCCAUCUACGAAUUGGCGCGCGGGGUGCCAUUGCCGUCCGAGGGCGACGAGUGGCAAACCAUUCGGGACGGCGACCUCGCGACCUUCCGGCACUAUUCGAGCUCGCUCCAGCAUCUCAUUGGGAGUAUGAUGCACCCGGAUCCGCUCCAACGCCCGACCGCCGACGAAAUCCUGCAGCACGAAGCCAUUUUGGCCGUCUCGGACGCCUAG